AUGACGACAAUGAAAAACGAUGAAAUAUAUUGUACAUCCAUAGUACGAUUAUCAGAAAUAGCUGGAACUUUUAUUUCAAAAAAUAAUAAAUCAAAUGAUAGUGAUAAAUCGAAUGAUUUAAAGGCAGUUCUUCAAGAAUGUAUUGACACACUCUCAAAUUAUAAAGAUGAAUGUAAACGAAUUAAAAAAUUAGGUUUAUUUACCCACCCUGAAAAUAUUUCAAAUGUAGAUACUCAAGAAAAAUUAAAAAUAUUUAAAGUAUUUGAAUCAGCAUAUAUUUAUUAUAAAAUUAUUCAUAUUACAGUAUUGAUUAGGAUACCAAAUUUGCCCUCAUUUAUUAAAAUUAAAAAUGAAAAGGAUUUACAUACCAUUAAACAAACUAAAAAUAAAGAAAUUAUCGAAAUUUAUAACACAUUGGUUAAUACUUUAGUACAAGAUGAUAGUAUUGCCAAAAUAAAAUUAUUCAUUAAAAAACAUACGAAACCCAAUUCGAUAUUAGAAGAAAAUGCACCUUUGAAUGAUGUAAAUAUAGAGAAAGAAGUUGCAAAAGGAUUCGGCGAUGUACUUACAGUAGAACAACUCGGGACAUUGUUAGCAAAUAACAAAUCUUCUACUUUAUUGAUAGAUAUACGGCCCAGACCAGAAUUUAAUAAAUAUCACAUUUCUUUUGAUAAUAUCAUCUGUGUGGAACCUAUUUCCUUUAAAGAAUCAUACUCAGAUUAUGAGCUUGAAAGAAAAUCUCUUAUCACUAGUCCCAAUGAAGAAAUAAAGUUAUUUCAAAAAAGGGAUAAAUUUAAAUUUAUCGUAUUAUACACUGAUGAAAGUUACGGAGAUGGAUUUGGAAAACAGAAGCAAACCAUAUUACAAAACAUGCUCAUGAAUAAAUCAUUUGAUAAACCUUUAGAAAAUACUAAAAUAUUCACAUUACAAGAUGGGAUUCAGAAGUGGAUUCAAGCUGGUGGGAAAACUGAUACACGAACAGCUGUAAAAAGUCAAAAAUUAGAGGCUGUUGAUGAUAAUGCCAUUUAUAUUAAUGGAAACACAUCUCGUUUAAAUUUACAAGCAUUCCCAAAAACAUCACUUAAUGUAUCACAGCAAGAUGCUAAUAAAUCUAUUCAACAUAUGAUGUCCAACUCCCCCACAUCAACAGGCGGAGUGUACGCUAUGCAUGAUCAACAACAUUCACGAGAAGAGAAACUGAAUAAAGGCCCGCAGAGAACAUCUAGUUUCAAAAGAUUAUUUACCAAUUUUAGGAGUUCCUCGGGAAAUUCAGUUAACUCAACAGGUAGUGGACAAACAAUUUCAGCUCCGCCACUAUCCAUCCAUGAUAAUCAGUCACCACUAUCGUACACCCAGAAUUCAUCUUAUUUAUCCUAUUCGGCUCCUCGUACGUCGCAACACAAUGGGUCGAGUUCGAUAGACUAUCCGGAUGCAUCUUCAUUACUAAGCAAUGGUAUGGAAGCGAUAUCGUUAUCUAAUAAUUCCAAUACCUAUAGCCCUGGUCGCUCUAAUAAUACUAUUGGCAGGGGAAACGUUUCUCCAUAUUCAAGUCCUGUUGCAACCUUUCAUUCCCGUUCGCAAAGUUUCAACGAAAGUUCUACACUUAAAUCUGGAAUGUUCUCAACCACGGCUUCAUUAAGUAAAUUGGAUCACAAUUUAAUAGGAGGUCAAAAACAAGCAUCUCCUGGUCACUCUGGCUAUUCAUUAUCAAAACAUUUACCUGAUAUCCCUAGGUUACCUGCUAGACCAUCUAGUUCCUCUUUUUCAUCAACUAUACCCUAUAAACAACAAGAUUUUAUGACUGAUUCAUCAAAAGAUGUUCUGAAGAAUGUAUCAGUAUAUCAAAAGGGUACCGAGUUGGAUUUUUUAACUGGUUUAGAAAAUAUGGGGAACUCCUGUUAUUUGAAUUGCAUAAUCCAAUGUGUUCUUGGGACACAUGAAUUAACGAAGAUAUUUUUGAAUGAUUCAUAUGAGAAACAUAUUAAUCUUAACAGUAAAUUAGGAUCCAAAGGUGUAUUGGCCAAGAAUUUUGCCAGACUGGUUCAUACCAUGCAUGAUAAUGGUACUGCGACAACCGGAAAUGAUCGUUCUAAGAAAAAGAAAAAGAAAAUACCAGUUAGACCAGAUCAAUUCAAAUUUGCAUGUGGAUCUAUCAACUCCACGUUCAAGGACAUGUGCCAACAAGAUUGCCAAGAAUUUUGUCAAUUCUUAUUAGAUGGUCUUCAUGAAGAUUUAAAUCAAUGUGGUGGAAACCCCCCUUUGAAAGAACUAUCUAAACAAGCAGAAGAAUUGAGAGAGAAAUUAUCUUUUCGCAUUGCAUCAUCAAUAGAAUGGGAAAGAUAUUUAACUACAGAUUUUAGUGUCAUUGUUGAUUUAUUUCAGGGACAAUAUGCGUCUCGUUUACAAUGCAAAGUAUGUAACCAUACAUCUACUACCUACCAACCAUUCUCAGUUCUGUCUGUUCCAAUUCCCAAUAAAAAGAAUUGUAAUAUUUUGGACUGCUUCCAAGAUUUUACAAAGUGCGAGAAUUUGGAAACUGAUGAACAAUGGUCAUGUCCACAUUGUAAAAAGAAACAACCUUCAACAAAACAAUUGACAAUAACUAGACUUCCAAGAAAUUUAAUUAUCCAUUUGAAGAGAUUCGAUAAUAGGAUGAAUAAAAACAAUUCUUUUAUAAACUAUCCCUUCACAUUAGAUCUAACAAAAUUCUGGCCAGAUGACUUCGAUGGAAAUUUACCCCCAGGUGUCACAGAUGAAUUGCCUGCUAGAGGUCAAGUUGCGCCCUUCAAUUAUAAGUUAUAUGGUGUUGCAUGUCAUUUUGGCAGUUUACAAGGUGGACAUUAUACUGCGUAUGUUGAUAAGGGUAUCAAGAAUAGUUGGUAUUAUUUCGAUGAUACAGCUUUUAGGCCGAUAAAGAAUCAUAAUGAACCUAUUACCUCCAGUGCUUAUGUACUAUUUUAUCAUAGAAUAUAUAAUUUAUAA